AUGGAGACUCUGCCGUACGAGUUGCAGCUCGCAUUGCUUGAGCGGGUGCCGCUGGUGUGCCAGGCCUGGCGGCACCUGGCUGCCGACUCUCACCUGUGGCGCGCUCACCACCGCACGCUCUUUCUGGGCGGUGGUGCGACGGUCGUCGACCACCGGGCCAAGUGCGCUCCGGCCGUGCGAUGGCUCGCGCAUCACGGCCCGCGGUCGACCGUCGGCCAGCGCAUGCAAUGGGCCUGCGAGCAGGGCAUCGCCGGCGUCGUCUCCGCUCUGCACUUCAUCAUGCCCAAACUGACCGAGCGGAGGCCGAACCACUUCAUGGCAGCAGUCGUGGCUGGCCACACCAACGUGGUGGCCUGCUUCCUCGACUUCCCUGCAGACGAGAAUGGCGGGGCGUGGUGGGAAAGGUGCCCCAUUAACCUGCAGUUUGCGAGGAUGGCUUGCGACCUGGCGGCGUGGAAUGGCCACACGGAGAUAGUCGUCCUCUUGCUCGACUCCCUCCCUAAACACCUCGGGAAAGGCGCGUGUGAUCAUAGUGUCCUGCUUCUCACGACGGCCAUCAGUGCCGGUCACGUCGACACCGUACGCGCGGUGGUGAGCCACCCGUCCUACGACCAAGUGCCAGACUACCUCCUCGGCCACGCCGUCUCGAGCCGCAGCGAGCUGAUAGUGGGCGUGCUCCUGCUCAGCGGGAAGCUCCGCCCAGCCGACGCGAAAAAUGACGAGACGCUGGUGGAACUGUUCCUGCGCUUCGGUGUCAGCGUCAACGCGCUGAUGCGCCUUCCCUCCUGGACCCUGACUCCCCUCUGCCAGGCCGGGACCAGGCGGAUGGUCAAGCUGCUUCUGGCAAAGGGGGCCGACCCAAACUCGCACUGCCCUUUGGGCUAUGCGAUCAAGUGGAGCCGAAUGAGCGCGGCGGAGGCGCUGCUCCGCGGCGGCGCGGAGGUCAACGCAAUCGACGGUCAAGGCCUGACGCUACUGUCUCACGCAGCGAAGAGAGGGUCCGGGAAACUGGUGGAGUUGCUGCUGCGCCAUGGCGCAGACGCGGGCCUCGCCAACAGUGACGGCACCACCCCGCUGUCGCUCGUGCGCCGUGAGCUGGCCCAAUACGCCGACUCGGCGUGGGACGAUUGGGACAUCUAUACCUUCGGCAACCGUGGGGGGCUCGAGGACGUGGAGCAACAACUCGUGCGUGCUGGUGCGAUCAGUUAG